AUGCCGGGUCGGCGCACCCUGCUGCUCACACUGGUGGGGAUGCUCUCCCUUGAGUCUGUUAUACUCCAGGAGUGUACCAAGUUCAAGGUCAGCACCUGCCGGGAGUGCAUAGAGGUGGGGCCCGGCUGUGCCUGGUGCCAGAAGCUGAACUUCACUGGGCCAGGGGAGCCUGACUCCGUCCGUUGUGACACCAGGGAGCAGCUGCUGUUGAAAGGUUGUGCAUCUGAUGACAUCAUGAAUCCCCAAAGUCUCGUUGAGGUCCAGAAGAACCGGGCGGGGGACCGCAAGCAACUGUCCCCACAGAGUGUGACGCUUUACUUGAGGCCAGGCCAGGCUGCCAAGUUCAAUGUGACCUUCCGGCGAGCUGAGGGAUACCCCAUUGACCUGUACUACCUGAUGGACCUCUCCUAUUCCAUGGUCGAUGAUCUCAUCAAUGUCAAGAAGCUGGGAGGCGACCUGCUCAGGGCCCUCAAUGAGAUCACGGAGUCAGGUCGCAUCGGUUUUGGCUCCUUUGUGGACAAGACGGUACUGCCCUUUGUCAACACACAUCCUGAGAAGCUGAAAAACCCAUGUCCCAACAAGCAGAAGGACUGCCAGCCCCCGUUCGCCUUCCGACACGUGCUGAAACUAACCAACAACUCCAACCAGUUCCAGACAGAGGUUGGAAAACAACUGAUUUCUGGGAACCUGGACGCUCCAGAGGGUGGUCUGGAUGCCAUGAUGCAAGUGGCUGCAUGCCCGGAAGAAAUUGGUUGGCGCAACGUCACACGCCUGCUGGUGUAUGCCACGGACGAUGGCUUCCACAUUGCUGGGGAUGGGAAGCUGGGUGCCAUCCUCACCCCCAAUGAUGGUCACUGUCACUUGGAGGACAACAUGUACAAAAGGAGCAACGAGUUUGACUACCCAUCAGUGGGCCAGCUGGCACAUAAACUAGCUGAGAACAACAUUCAGCCUAUCUUUGCUGUGACAAGUAGAAUGGUGAAAACCUAUGAGAAGCUCACGGAAAUCAUCCCCAAGUCAGCAGUUGGAGAACUCUCUGAAGAUUCCAGCAACGUGGUCCAGCUCAUCAAAAAUGCCUACAAUAAACUCUCCUCCAGAGUCUUCCUAGACCACAGCACCCUCCCUGACAACCUGAAAGUCUCCUAUGACUCCUUCUGCAGUAAUGGCAUCUCACUACUGGACCAGCCCCGAGGAGACUGUGACGGUGUACAGAUCAAUGUCCCGAUCACCUUCCAGGUGAAGGUUACAGCUAAGGAGUGUACUCAGGAGCAGUCGUUUGUGAUCCGCCCGCUGGGCUUCACAGACACAGUGACGGUGCGCGUGCUCCCGCAGUGUGAGUGCCAAUGCCACAACACCAGACCCAACCAGAACUACUGCAGCGGCAAGGGCAUCGUGGAAUGCGGCAUCUGCAGGUGCCACCUUGGCUUCAUCGGGAAGAGCUGUGAGUGCAAGACGCAGGGACGCAGCAGCCAGGAGCUGGAGGGGAGUUGCCGGAAGGACAACAGCUCCAUCGUGUGCUCAGGGCUGGGGGACUGCAUCUGCGGGGAAUGCAUCUGCCACCGGGUGGAUGACCCUAAGAAGCAGAUCUACGGGCGCUACUGCGAAUGUGACACCUUCAAUUGCGAGAGAUACGACGGCCAGAUCUGUGGCGGCGAGGAUAGGGGUUCCUGCCGCUGUGGCAAAUGUCUUUGCCACGCAGGCUUCGAAGGCUCUGCGUGCCAAUGUCGCAGCUCCACCCAUGGCUGUGUGAACCAGCAGCAAAUUGUCUGCAGUGGGCGUGGGAGCUGCCACUGCAAUGUGUGCAAGUGUGACCCUGGCUACCAGCCACCACUGUGCCUGGAGUGCCCAGGCUGCCCCUUGCCUUGCAGCAAACACGUUUCCUGUGCAGAGUGUCUGAAAUUCCAGAAGGGCCCCUUUGGGAUGAACUGCAGUGUGGCGUGCCAGAACCUGAAGCUGCAAGAGGAAGUCCUCCAGGGCCGGACGUGCAAGGAACAAGACUCAGAGGGUUGCUGGAUUAGCUACACUUUGAAGCAGGACUUUGGGAGAGAGAAAUAUUUCAUCCAUGUGAAGGAUACACGAGAGUGCGUGGAGGGUCCCCAGGUGGCUGCCAUCGUGGGGGGUACAGUGGCAGGCAUAGUGCUGAUCGGUGUCCUCCUGUUGAUCAUCUGGAAGGCCCUGACCCAAAUCAAUGACCGCAGGGAGUACAAGCGCUUUGAGAAGGAGAAGCUGAAGUCCCAGUGGAACACUGAUAACCCACUUUUCAAGAGUGCCACCACCACAGUUAUGAACCCCAAGUUUUCUAAGAGUUAG